AUGCCCCCUCAGCCUUCUCUCCCCGAUCCCGCCCACCCCAACGCUGACUCUAUGCUCUCCCGCAAAUUCGGCCGCGAAGUAGCAAACUACUUCUCCGGCUCCCCCUUAAACCGCGUCUCCUUCCUGCGCGCCAACCAGGAGUUCGUCACCAAGGCGCUCACACACCCCUCCACCUCUUUCCUACUCCUUAAGGACCUGUCCCCUCUCGCAAAAGACCCUACGCAGCUCGCUUAUGUUACACAUGAAGAUGUACGGCCUCUUAUCGGGGAGAAUCCGUUUGAGAAAACAGAAGAAGAGAUGUUGAAGGGAUAUAACAGCGCGAUAACGCUACCGCUGGUGCUGUUCCUGGGAUUGGACGAGAAGAAGAGGGAUGGGUUUGAGUUUGGGAUAUACAAGGGGCGGCCGUUCUUUGCGGUUGAUGUUACGCCCAGGGGAACAGUGGAGAAGGAGGCGAAGGGCGUGAUCGAGGAGGUUACGAAGAAGGGAAAUACGUUUGUCGAAGGGAGGAUGCAUAUGACUCUAAAUGCUCCCGAGGCUGCCAUAUACGCCCAUGCCCGUGCAAUGAUUGACUGGAAUACCCGGAAUCCAUUCUGCGGUGGCUGCGGCCAACCUACGCUCUCCGUACACGCAGGGACCAAACGCGUAUGCCCGACUACGGACCUCUCCUCGCUUCCUAAUACCCAAGGCGCAACAACGGUCUUGGAUACACCGCGGGCACGCAAGGACUGUGUAACCCGUAAAGGCGUAUCCAACCUUUCAUUUCCCCGUACCGACCCCACCGUAAUAAUGGCUGUCGUAUCACAUGAUGCCAAAAGCAUCCUCCUAGGGCGCCAAAAGCGAUGGCCUGAUCACCUGUACUCGACUCUCGCCGGCUUCUGCGAGCCUGCCGAGUCCGUUGAAGAAGCCGUGCGCAGAGAAGUGUGGGAGGAAGCAGGUGUACAGGUUGGACGGGUCGUGAUUCACAGCACGCAGCCGUGGCCGUACCCUGCGAAUUUGAUGAUUGGUGCCAUCGCGCAGGCGUUGCCGGAGGGGGAGAAGAUCCAUUUGGAGCAUGAUCCCGAGUUGCAUGAUGCGAAGUGGGUGAGUUUUGAGGAGGUGAGACGUGCGCUCGAGAUUGGCACGAGUGGUUUAGGAGAGCCGGCUGAAGAAGGCUAUGUGGAGGGGGGAUUGAGGUUGCCGCCGCGGACGGCGAUUGCGAAUCAGCUUUUGAAAGCGGUUGUUGAAGGGUUUUUGGGAGAGGCGCCGAAGAUUUAG